GAAAGGAAGGAAGGAAAGAAAGCAAGCAAUCCGUGGUGAGGGGAGCUUGGCGGGCUCUUCGUCCCCUCGGCGCUCCCCGUGUCCGCCAUUUCCCAGAGCGGCUGUCUCUGGUCCCCUGCUGUCCCCUCAGGGCCGUGGGUCGGAAGGAGCCUGUUCCCCCGCAGCUGCGGCUGGGUUUCAUUUCUCUCUAGGACAGGAGGGGCGCUGCGGAGCCUGGCCCGGCCCUGCCUGGCCCUGCGGCUGCCCAAGAGGCCCAGCCCGUACCCCCGUAGGGGUACCCAGAGUUGUACGGUGUUUGUGUCAACGCCCCCCGCCCAGUUCCCCCCAACCCCUUUUCUGUGGGAGUUGGUGGUUUCCUCCCCCCGAGGCCCUUUUGGGGAGCAGCUGCUCGUGGUUCUCCCGGCAGGGAGCUGGCCCCUUGUCAUGAACAAAACCAGCAACAACGUCGGUGGUUUUUGAAAGGCUGCAGGCGCUGCCAGGGCAGGGGCUGCUUUGUACAACGUGCGCAAGCAGCUCUGGGGGGAACAGUCCCGUCCCCUUGUGCCAGCUGAGCCCGUUUUGCAGCUUUCUGUGCCAGCAGCUGGCAGUUUGCAGGCGUUGGCAUUUGUGGUGGAGCGGGGGGGGGCUGAGGGGUGGGCAGGGGGGUGCCCCCAGCCAGCGAGUGCCUUGCGGCCGGUGUGGGCAGGGUGCUGGGCAGGGUGCUGGCUCUGCCGGGGACCGAGGGUCGGUCCCUGAGCUCGGUGAUGCUGCGUGCUGGGGACAGGCUGCAGUGUCAGGGGGGAGCAGGGACAGGGCAGGACUGUGCUGGUGUUUCAAACCAAGUGCUGACAGCUGUCAGGCCACAGAAUUAAACGUCCCUGAUCUGCUGCAUCAGUGCCAUGUGCUCUGCAACCUCCCAACAGGACAACAACAGCUGUGGUGGUAAAGCUGCAUCCCAGCCUGCCUCGAAACAGCCUUUGCCAUCGGUAUUAUGUCUUGGGAGCAAGACACUGCUUGUUGCGAGCAAGGUGAUACCACAUCUCGGUUUCCCUUGGGACAAAGGGAGGGGAACAGAAUCUGCCCCAAUGAUGAGGAUGUGGAGAACCCCCUGGGUCCCCAGGAUGAAGGGGCAUCCCCCCACCCAGAGGUGCCUGGGCAUAGAGGCGAAAGGACACACAGAAGAGCUCUGGGCAGGUGCUGCGCUCUCCCUCCAGCGUAUGGCCUGGUGGUGGCUGUGCUCGUGGCUGUGCUCGUGGCUGUGAUCCUGGCUUUGGCCAUUGCUCUUGCUGUACAGUCGGCAGGCAGACGUGAAGGUCAUCUAGCUCCGGUGCUGGGUUGUCCUGACAACUGGGUUGGGUACCGCGACGUCUGCUACUACCUCUCGACGGAGGAGGGGAGCUGGGUGUGGAGCCAGGAGCGGUGCUCCUCACACGGGGCCUCGCUGGCUGUGCUCCAGAGGGAGUGGGAAAUGGAGUUUCUCUCGCGCCUCAAAGGCAAAGAUGAUUUCUGGCUUGGGCUGCGGAGACAGGGCGAACGCCUGGAGUGGGUGGAUGGCAGCAGCUUCACCCAGACGAUCCUGGUGCGGGGCCAAGGAGCGUGUCUGUAUUUGAAUGACAAUGCUUUAGUGAGUACAAGCUGCUCACAGCAACGGCCAUAUAUGUGCAGCAAGCACUAUGCUCAGAGGUGACAGAGAGAGGACCUUCUCCGUGCUGAGCACUCACAGCUUCACCUCGUCCGGCAGCGCAGGCAGGGACUGGCCAGGUGGGGAGGCAAGCACAGAGCCCCGACGUGAGCAGGGGUGUGCGAGGGCCGCUGAGGGAGGUUUCAGUCCAGGCAGCCCUUUUGGGGCUGGCACCUUUGGCCUGGGAGCAGGGGCUCGACGUUUACAGUUUGGAGGCUGGACACUGGUUGGCAGUGAGAGGGCGUAGGGAUGUUCUUGCCUCAGCUGCUGGUUCGGGGUGCUCCUGGUCUCGGUAACAACUCGCUGCCAGGUCUCAGGGAGCUGAACCUGCAGGAAGAGGAGACAUCGUGGAAGCUGACGUGUGCCUGGCUGGGCUGGGACCUCAAGCACGGAACAAGUGGUUUUUCUCCUUGUGUGACCACCCCAGAACUCUUUCUUCUCGUGCGAUUCAGUCACACCCGCUUUUGUGCGGUAGGGACAGAGCUCGAGCAGCUGCUGCCAGAGGAGAUGGGCGCAGAGCUCUGCGGAGUUCCCUGGCACAGAGCUGGGCGGCUCUGGUGUGUCAGCUGUGCUGUUACUCCUAUUUUAGUACUCUGCUGUGCAUUAAACCAUUGUAAAUUCC